CCCCCCGACGUUGUGACGAUGGCCGGGGUAUCAACAACGUUGGUGUUGUUGUGGAUAUGUGCUGUGGCUGUUGUUUAUUCUCACAUAGAGCAUCAUCAUCCCUAUCAACCCAGAACGCAGACAAGAGCUAGGCAACAUCAAAACAGACAGCUCUACCACCAAGGAACACAGAGGAACCCUCAAUACAGUUGGAAUACACAACGACAUGGAAAUGGACAACAGAGUGGAGAUUCGAUUGACGCCAAACCCGACAUGACAGCUGAGCAAAAGAAAAUAUUUGUAGUUGAAAUCUUACCUCCCAGUGUUGGCAAUGUUAAUAUUCCCUCGUUUCUACUGGAACGUGCACCGGCGAUGGAGAGGGCAUUUGACGAGGAGGGAGGAAUAUAUGGAUACCUAGAGAGGAACGGUUUGCUUGAUACCAUAUCGAAAUUUUUUCACAUUGCAUGGGACAAGUUGACGUACCACUUUAAAACAGAGGUAGUGAAACCAAACAUGCCACCGGUAAUAUCUUGUCCUCGAAGUUUCGAAGUACUUAGCGACCCUGGUAGGUCCACGGCAUUCGUCACCUGGACGGAACCGGCAGUCAGUGAUAGAGAGGAUCCACGGGAAAGACUCAAUUUGCAGCAAGUUUCGGGUGAAAGGAAUGGUGCAAGGAUGUCCGGCCACGUUAAUGUUAAAUACACAGUGGAGGACUCUAAAGGUCGCUCGGACUUCUGUACAUUCAUCGUGACGAUAAAAAAGGUCCUGUGUCAGUCAUGGCCGAUACCCCAUGGGUCUAAUAACUGCAGUACAAACUAUGUUUAUCAUGGUAAUACUUGUCACUUAUCCUGUGAAACGGGUUACGAGUUGACUGGACCUUCCACCAUAACCUGCAAGGAGAAUGGACGCUAUUCCACAGAAAGUACACAGUGUAAAACCAUUCAGUGCCCUGUCCUUCAACUGCCGGAAAAUGGAGCGGGGUGGUUCUGUGGUGAUCAUAAUAAUUUCAGGAGUGGGUGCAGCCUAACGUGCAAGCAGGGUUUUAGGCUAGACGCUUACGAUCGAGCACCUUGGCAGGUUGCAGGAACUAAGUGUCAGGCGAACAAGACAUGGACGGAAAUGCCUGUGUGCAAAGAUGUACGAGCACCACGGAUCACCAACUGUCCACCGGGAUUCAUCAAACAAUAUGCAGAAAGAGGCAGAAACUCAGCCGUGGUGGUGUGGCCAGAAGUUGUCGCCGAGGAUAACUCUGACAGCGAUGUCGCAAUUAUUCUGAGGAAAGGAUUCAUAAGUGGUUCUCGUUUUGAAGUUGGAUCGCACGAAAUUACGUAUGAAGCUGUCGAUGAUACCGGUCUAACGGAUGAAUGCUCGUUUAUGGUAAAUGUCGUAACGAGAAGCUGCCGAGCCCCAGUGUUUGGGCAUCCCCGACUGGAGGUCAAGUGUGGUGACCAAUUUACACAUGGUUCAUCCUGCAGUGUAUCGUGCACCCAUGGUAUAACUUUAUUGGGUGCGUCCAACAUUACGUGCGAGCUGAUCAACGGCACUAUGGCGUGGGACACUCAAGGCGGAACGCCUUCUUGUGACGAAAAGGAAUGUAUCAUCCCAGAGGAUCCUCCUAAUUCCAAAAUGAACUGCGGAGAGUUCUCAGGAGGCCAGAUCUGCAGUGUGCAAUGCAAUCUUGGAAAAAUACCUGCCAGAAAUGCCAACAUGUUUGAAUCCCUUAUUUGUACUCCUGCUCAAGGCGUAUGGUCAAACAACGACGACCCUGGCUGUGUCAAGAAAAGAGACUCCUCCGUUCUUGAAACGUCUCUUGGUUAUUAUUGGUCUUCCACGUGCACAGAAGAAGAUACACAAAAUGUUACCGACACAUUUGAAAAUAUAUUAAGACUUGAAAGUUUCUAUUCGAAUUGUCCGAUGUGUCACAUUAAAAACAUAAGGGCCGCAUGCAAAGGAAAUCGUCGAGGGCAGCUGUUCAUGGUUGUAAAAAUGGAAGUGCGAAGGAGACUCCUUGAAACCGACGCUACUGAAGUUGCGGACAUCGUGAUGAGAACAGUCGGCUUAAAAAUAAACGACUGGCUUAAAGUUAAUCUGAAGACACUCAACAUUAUUGGCAGGAGGAGUAGAAGAAUUAUAUACAAGAAAUAUCCUGUAACCGCAAUGUGUGACGCUCAAUACGCUGCAGACAAGGCAUCAAGAGGCUGUGCUGCAUGCGGGGUAGGCUAUGAAUAUGACGGGCAUACCGGUUGUCGCAUGUGUCGUACAGGAACAUACCAAGAUGACACAGGCAAUCUUACAUGUAGAGAGUGUCCUGCAGGCACGUUCACAUUAACCCUUGGAAGAAGCCGAGAAGACUGUAAAGCUCCGUGUCCUAAUGGGUCUUACUCCGAUACCGGGUUGGAGCCAUGCACCAAAUGUCCUAUCGGUCAGUACCAAGCACUGGAGGGGAGCACGACAUGCAAAUCCUGUGCAGAAAAGGAAAUCACUCCUUCCGUUGGUAGUGAACAACAAUCAGACUGUUAUCAGCAAUCCACACAGGUGUUUAGGCUGAGAAAAGCCGACAUUGGGUCAACAUUCGUGACAUUGAAGUGGGCUAAGCCUAAAACUCCACGUGACACUCUCAUCGGAUACGGCAGCGCAUUCCAUAAAGCAUCUGACAGCGAAGACAUACGGGAAUAUCUUAAUGUCACAAGCAGUAAUAUCACCAGGGUAACGAUUACUGACCUGGAACCCGUCACUGAAUACACAGUGUACGUGUGGGCCGUCACCGUAAAGGGGCCGGGUGUGAAGAGGAGUGUGAAUGUCACCACGGAAAAUGUCACAGUCACUACAACACAGAUGCCACCCGAGACGACAGUAGACCCGACACUGUGUCCACCUGGGACAAACUCCCGAAGUGGAAGGAAAGACCGCGAUGGUACCUGUAGACCGUGUCAAUAUGGUUUCUACCAGGAACACGUAGGUCGAAAAAAGUGCCAAGUUUGCAAACCAGGCUUCACAACGUGGUACGAGGGGGCGACAUCCAAGAAGGACUGUGUUGACAAAAGGUGGACAACACCGACGCCAUCAACUACGACAGCCCCUCCAGAACCAUGUGACGACGGCUAUGUUUCAGAGACAGGAUUCAAGCCAGAGUGCACCAAGUGUCCAGAUGGAAAGAUAAAUAAUGAUGCUCGAACUGAAUGUAAUUGGUGCGACGACCCCUUCUGCCGCGUCGCGACAACGACUCAACCACCCGCGACAACGAUUCAGCCACCCUCAACUGCUGCCACGACAGAUGGCGUAGUCACCACUGUUUCCGACGGAAGCAACAGAACGGACAAGCGUAGUACCGGGGUUACGGUCCCUCAACGAGGUACUGCCUAGCGUCCUACCUGCGACCUGCUGACACGAAACUCGCUCUGAAAAGGCUUGACAUGGCUGUUGUCACGAAGUCCUGGUGGCUAACUCAAAUAUUUAGAUACAGGCGAACGGCCUAGACUAUGUAAUGAUAACAACCAAACCAAUCCACAUAUAUGCAGUAAUGGCGAAUUCAUUGUUUUGUAUUAAUUGUGUAUAUAUACACCGGCUACACUUCGUCAGAUAUUAACGAUUUUACUACUUUCGCGUUUCUGUUUUGGCAGAGUAUAUGUUUAUUUCAUAACUGAAUUGUUUGAUAGGCAUUACUUAGAAGUUGACGGAUGACAAAGUAGACACAAUUCAUGGAUAACAACUUCUUUAAUCCUGUACCAGUCUUGUUUGACAACGAUCCGGGAUCUAUACCGACACGUCGCCUUUACAGUAUUAAAGAAGUUGCCAUCCAUAAAUUGUGUCUAUUUUAUUUCAAAACUGUUUAAAACAUGCAAGUGGUGGAUACUGUAGUGUUGUAAUUAUAACUGAAUAACUGAGUGGAACGACGGGUUGAUGUGUGCGACAACUUUCAUUGAUACCAUCUUUUCUGAACAUCGAAAGAUGCUGUUGUGAAAGUUAUCUGUAUUCAUUCCUCCACGAUUUCAUAUGGCAAGUUUAAACCAUCACUUCACAGUAAUGAAAUAUGAUAUUCUGAAAUAGCCAUGUUAAAUGACGAUAUAGGCAAAGAAAUGAUAAGAAUGCAUGGAUGUACACUUGAAAUAAUUGCUGUAUUAAUAUUUCUCCGUCACGUCAUUGUCCGAAUUACUCUCUGUCCUGUUUUUUAUGAAUUGUCCGAAUAGCUUGUACGUUCUGUCCUGUUAUUGUUAAUUUUCCGAAUACCAUGUACUGUCUUUCCUGUCAUUGUUAAUUGUCCGAAUAAUGUGUACUGUCUGUCCUGUUAUUGUUAAUUGUCCGAAUAAUGUGUACUGUCUGUCCUGUUAUUGUUAAUUGUCCGAAUAACGUGUACUGUCUGUCCUGUUAUUGUUAAUUGUCCGAAUAACGUGUACUGUCUGUCCUGUCAUUGUUGAUUGUCCCUAAUAAUGUGUACUGUCUGUCCUGUCAUUGUUGAUUGUCCGAAUUAUGUGUACUGUCUGUCCUGUUAUUCUUAAUUGCCCGAAUAAUGUGUACUGUCUGUCCUGUAAUUGUUAAUUGCCCGAAUAAUGUGUACUGUCUGUCCUGUAAUUGUUAAUUGUCCGGAUAAUGUGUACUGUCUGUCCUGUUAUUGUUAAUUGUCCGAAUAAUGUGUACUCUCUGUAUUAUACUCUUCAAGUGUUUCAAUUGACGUUGCUUUGGCGUUGUCUGUUAUAUUAUAUAUGUGUGAAGUAUAACUCUGAACACCACUUCCAAAUACAAGGUUGUUAUAUAUUUAAUUAGUGUAGUCUACAGAUAGGCCAUGACAUAAGCUCAGCCCUUGUAUUUGGGACUGGUGUUCGGGUCUUAUGUGUUUUGUAUGUAUUGUAUGUGUCAAAUCGUCACCAGUCCCAAUUUCAUUGAUGAAUAUCCCCCUUCCUAUUCAUGAAUGUAAUACUGGAUGUUGACAAAUAAAGAAGUAUGGCGAAAA